AUGGAGCGUGAGCUCCGCUUGAAAGCUUUCAUCGAAGAAUAUGCUCGAGUGGUACAACUUUUUGAUGACAUCGUCUCUAUGAAAGAGUCAAUGGGACGAUUGGAGACGUAUAUGGUGGUUAUGGUGUGUCAAGUUGGUGCCGCUAUGAUUGUAAGUUUAUAUAAUUUUGAAACUUACCACAGAAGGAAGCUCGGGAAGAAGCAGUAG